AUGCGCCCGUUGCCAAUUGUGCAAGCUAUCAAUGGAUAUGUAUUAACCUCCAGGGACUCGGAGAUGAAGGAGACGGACAUAGUGGAGAAGAAGGAAGACAAGAAGGUGGAAGAUAAGGAGACUAAAGACACGCCUGCAUCACAGAAUCCAGCACAUGGAUUCCCAAUUGUCUCGUUGGAUGACUUAUUGACAGAAGAGGUUGUUCUGCGUCACUUGGAUAGGUUGCUGGAGAGCCAAAUGGCACAAUUGUAUGGAGACUUGUUGCCGCAGUCCGUUUCGCCAACCAAGAGCGAUAUUUUGCGGGUGAUUCGAUCGGGAUUCUUUCAUCAGGCCAACAAGGAGUUGAGCCAGACCAUGAGUGAAGAUGUGGGACACAUUUUGGCGUCGAGCUUCGGUUACGAGUACAGCGGAGAAGGCAUUGAGGCGUUUUUACGUGGCUUAAGGCUGUUGAAGGACAAAUAA